UCCAGUUGGUUUGGAGCUCGUGAGUGCAGUUCGGUCUGUUGUCCAGGCGGCUGCGCGUGCUGCCGUGCCUGGCUGUAAUAUAUAAAAGCGGUCAACGGUCAGAAAUCACAACGCUCAAGUCGCUCAGAAACGUUAACGCUGUCGUAUUUACUCCCCCCAAAACCGUUCAAUCUUCCUCUCCACCACCGGCACCUGUGCCCCCUCACAAGCCGGGAGAGAGAGGGGGGGUCCAGAGCGGGGCGAGACAGCAAGGACCGACCAGCAUGGACCCCCAAGUGAAGGAUCGAACUAGCCUGGCUGCAGGGGGCUUUAGCGGGCGCCUGGCACCUCUUGGAGCCGACGGGGGUGACUCGGAGUCCGGAGCCGGCUCGGAAGAAACUGGCUGCUGCAGCGAUACGUUCAGCAGUCUGCCCGACAUGGAGCAGGAGACACUGGAAGAGAAAUUAAGAGGACUGGCGUUCAGAAAACAGACCUCCUAUCGGAAAGCGAUCUCCCGCUCAGGCCUCCAACACCUCGGUCCACCCCAACCCUCCCCGCCUCCCGUAUCCAACGGGCCCAACAAGGAGCUACGUGCCUCCGUGGACUGGACGGAGAACGCAGUGAACGGGGAUCACCUAUGGAUGGAGACGAGUUGUUCAGGAGAGCUCUGUUAUCUCGGAGAGGACACCUGCCUAUUAAAGGCCGCAAAGUCGGCCCCUAGGAGGAAAUGUGCUGUCUGUAAGAUCGUUGUUCACUCUGGCUGCAUAGAGCAACUAGAAAAGAUUAACUUCCGAUGUAAGCCAACCUUCAGAGAGGGAGGAACCCGGUGCCUCCGAGAUAACAUACUGAGGCAUCACUGGGUUCACAGACGAAGACAGGAUGGGAAAUGUAGACAGUGUGGAAAGAGUUUUCAACAGAAGUUCUUCCACAGUAAAGAAAUAAUUGCCAUCAGUUGUUCCUGGUGUAAACAGGCGUUCCACAAUAAGGUGACGUGUUUCAUGCUGCACCAGAUUGAGGAGCCAUGUUCACUGGGGGCCCACGCUGGAGUCAUAGUACCGCCGUCCUGGAUCAUCAAAGUCAGGAAACCACAGAGCUCACUUAAGAACUCUGCCAGGAGAAAAAAGCGGACAUCUUUCAAACGAAGGACAAGCAAGAAGGGGCUGGAUGAGUCUAAGUGGCGUCCGUUCAUGUUGAAGCCCCUCCCUUCACCUCUCAUGAAGCCUAUCUUGGUUUUUGUCAACCCCAAGAGUGGAGGCAACCAGGGUGCCAAGGUGUUACAGAUGUUCAUGUGGAUUCUGAACCCUCGACAAGUCUUUGACCUGUCACAGGGGGGGCUGCGAGAGGCGUUGGAGUUGUAUCGGAAAGUGCCAAAUCUGAGGAUCCUUGCCUGCGGAGGGGACGGAACGGUGGGGUGGAUCCUGUCCACUCUAGAUGAGCUGCAGAUGAACCCCCAGCCUCCGGUCGCUGUUCUUCCUCUGGGAACAGGAAAUGACCUCGCCAGGACGCUCAACUGGGGUGGGGGUUACACAGAUGAGCCGGUGUCCAAGGUUUUAUGUUAUGUGGAGGAUGGUUCGGUGGUGCAGCUGGACAGGUGGAACCUUCUAGUAGAGAAAGGUGCUGCGCAGCCAGAGGAGGGCACACAGAAGCUGCCUCUGAAUGUGUUUAACAACUACUUCAGCCUGGGCUUCGACGCUCACGUCACCCUGGAGUUCCAUGAGUCCAGAGAGGCCAACCCUGAAAAGUUUAACAGUCGCUUCCGCAACAAGAUGUUCUAUGCAGGAGCUGCAUUCUCAGAUUUCCUCCAGAGAAGCUCGAGGGAUUUGUCCAAGCACGUCAGAGUGGUGUGUGAUGGUACCGAUCUAACUGCCAAGAUCCAGGAGCUGAAAUUUCAGUGCAUUGUGUUUCUAAACAUUCCCAGGUACUGUGCUGGCACCAUGCCGUGGGGAAACACAGGCGACCACCGAGACUUUGAACCGCAGCGCCAUGACGACGGCUGCAUCGAGGUUAUUGGCUUCACCAUGGCCUCAUUGGCGGCGCUACAGGUCGGCGGCCAUGGAGAGAGAUUGCACCAGUGCAGAGAAGUCGUCCUUACUACCUUCAAGACUGUACCUGUUCAGGUGGACGGUGAGCCGUGUCGACUGGCUCCCUCCACUCUCCGAAUCUCCCUUCGAAAUCAGGCCAACAUGGUCCAGAAGAGCAAGAGACGCACCUCUGUGCCCUUGCUCAACGAUCCUCACGCAGUUCCAGAUCGUUUGCGUCUUCGAGUGAAUCGGAUCAGCCUCCAGGAGUACGACAGGCUGCAGUACGACAAAGAACGACUACGAGACAUCUCCAUCCCAGUAGGCAUUGUGGUGGUGAGGGGGGACUGUGACCUGGAGACAUGCAGACUCUACAUUGACAGAUUACAAGAGGACUUACACCAGGCGCCAUCUACUGGCCACAGAGUGCACUAUCAGGAUGAGAGCAGAGGCGUCCCCCGGACCAGUUCAACCAGUAGACUCUCUCCUAACUGGAGCUUCUUGGAUUCCACAUCAGCUGACCGCUUCUAUCGCAUCGACAAGGCUCAGGAGCACCUUCACUUUGUGACAGAGAUCUGUCAGGACGAGGUGUUUAUCCUGGAUCACGAGGGACCGGUGGGGAGCCAGGGAUCAUCCACGGGGAUGCCUGAUCUGGUGGUGGAGCCUACGGCUGGUGUUUCCUUGACAUCUGAGGAACAAGCCCUGCUGAAAGCCGCCAGUACAGGAGAUCUUUCUAUGCUGUCGGAGUGCAUGCGUCGAGGCGUCAGCUUGUUGGUUAGAGACUCUGCGGGUUGUUCAGCGUUACAUAUAGCUGCCCAGGAUGGACACACAGACCUGGUCAGCUUCAUACUGCAACAGGGCUCUAAGGUGCUUCUGGAUUUGACCGACAGAGAGAAAGGGGAAACUGCCUUGCACAAAGCAGCCUCAGAGAAGCAGCAUGCUGUGUGUCGAUUGCUGGUGGAGGCCGGUGCGUCACUCGAAAAGACCAACUUCCAGGGGAAGACGCCGCGGACCAGGCGGGAGGGAGACUCGGAGCUCGCCACCUUCCUGAACGCCAAACAACACACAUCUUCUCCUGCCGCCCACGAAGACUUGGAGACGGCUGUCUGAGGCGCGCGCGCACACACACACACACACACAAACACACACACACACACAAACAAACAAACACAC